GUAAUGUAAUUUAUGAACAAGCACGCAAAUUUAAUAUUAACCCAACAAGUACCAUAUACUAAUUUACCAUAUAAUUGAAAACAAGAAACCCUAGAACUACCUCCGCUCAACAAAAGUUACCAAAAAAUCCAUCUACUUUCCUCCGCCGUAAAAGCUCUCCCCUGCUCCCUAAUUUUCUUCACUUAAAUUCCCCCCAAAAAGCCAAAACUGCAUCCGAAAGCCGAUCAUCGAUCUCCCCGCCGCCGAUCUUCUUCAUCUGAAGCCCCCUAGCGACUCCCACGGCGGCGAGAAAAACCACAUCGUUUCACUGCACCCCAGUCAUAAGUCCCGUUGCCUUCUAUCGUCGGCCACCACUCCCGAGUCCUCCACGCGAUUCUCCGGUUUGCUCAAGUGCGGAUAUGCGGAGAUUUCCUUCAACGCAAACGACGCCAUCGAAGCUCUAACCCGGUAUUCAUUUCGGCCGGGCCAACCACCCGGGUCUUCUGGGUUUUGACCGGUUUGAAACGGGUUUGACCAUUCCGGGCUAUCCCUUAAACGGGCGUAUAUAGCCCGUUUUCUCCUCCGGGUCCGGGUUAACAACCUUUGGUAUGACCCAGUUGGAUUGCCGGUCCAGGUUCAACCGACCGGGUCCAAACGGGUUAACAAGCAACGUACCAAAUUUCCUUUUUCCCUCCUUGAUAAUAUCCCAAAGUCGUACUUCUCAUUGUUAGUGAGUCUCUUAGGAGAAUCACUUCAGUCUUUUCCAAGUCCCACAACGAAAAAGCCACCAAAGAAAGCAAUAGGAAUCCGCGAUUAUUAUUAUGGGUGUUGGCUGCUCUUCUUCUCUCCCUCCCACUGUUAAUAAUCCCCAUUGCUCAAUCACUUUCCCUCAUACAUCAGCACAUACGAACCCAACCUCGAAUCACCUCCCAAUAAAUUGGCUCGCCAGAGCUCAUCUCCAGAAACCCACAAAAUCCCCCAUAUCCAAACGCCUUUUCACGCUCGAUUCUGCUCGAAAGACUCCGACUUUGAAGUGCGGAAGAACUGCCCAGAUGGAGAUUGAAGGUGGAAGUGAUUCUAAACCCAUAUUGGAUUUGCACAGUCUAGAUGACAAUUUGGUCCAAAAGAUGGUCUACGAUGCCCUUGUUUGGAGCUCUCUCCAUGGCCUUGUUGUUGGUGACAGAAAUGUCCAGAGAUCAGGAACGGUACCUGGAGUUGGGAUGGUGCACGCUCCUUUUGCAUUGUUGCCAACAGUAUUCCCAGAAAAUCAAUGGAAGUUAGCGUGUGAAGUGGCACCGAUUUUCAAUGAACUUGUUGAUCGUGUGAGUUUGGAUGGGAAGUUCUUGCAGGAGUCAUUAUCCAGAACUAAGAAAGUUGAUGCUUUUACUUCAAGGCUUCUAGACAUUCAUUCAAAGAUGCUAGAAAUUAACAAGAAAGAGGAGAUACGAUUGGGUUUACACCGUUCGGAUUACAUGCUUGAUGAAAAAACUAAGCUUCUGCUUCAAAUAGAACUAAACACAAUCUCUACAUCAUUCCCCGGUCUCGGUUCUGUGGUUAGUGAGCUUCACAGGAGCUUGCUGAAGAAUUAUGGGGAGCACCUUGGAUGUGAUGUUAACUGUACACCAUCUAAUGACGCUGCUAAUCGGUUCUCAGAGGCCCUAGCCAAAGCUUGGAUUGAAUAUAAUAACCCUAAGGCUGUAAUCAUGGUUGUUGUUCAACCUGAAGAGCGCAACAUGUAUGACCAACAUUGGCUCUCUUUCAACCUCAAGGAAAGAUAUCCUUUUAUUCUGUUCAUGACACAACCAUUAACUCUGAAGAACCCUUUUAACACACAUAACGUUACAAUGAUCCGGAAGACAAUGGCAGAAAUUGAUAAAGAAGGGGAAAUUCAGCCUGAUGGAACACUUCUUGUGGGUGGCCAUGCGAUAGCCGUCAUAUACUUUAGAGCUGGCUAUGCACCAACUGAUUAUCCUUCAGAAGCAGAAUGGAGAGCUAGACUACUGAUGGAGCAUUCAUCAGCCAUUAAGUGUCCUUCCAUAUCUUAUCAUUUAACAGGAACCAAGAAGAUACAGCAAGAACUUGCAAAACCUAACGUGCUUGAGAAAUUUAUUGAUAACAAGGAGGACAUUGCCAAGCUAAGAAAAUGCUUUGCUGGACUCUGGAGUCUAGAUGAUGCAGAUAUUGUUGACACGGCAAUUGAAAAGCCACAUCUAUUCGUGAUGAAGCCCCAAAGAGAAGGGGGAGGGAACAAUAUCUAUGGUGAUGAUGUGAGGGAAGCCCUUCUUAGACUUCGGAAAGAUGGGAAAGAACAGAAUGCUGCCUACAUCCUCAUGCAGAGAAUCUUUCCUACAGAUUCUGCCACGUUUUUGGUGCGUGAUGGAAGCUGUCAUAAAGAUCAUGCUGUAUCAGAGCUUGGAAUCUAUGGCGCUUAUCUGAGGAACAAGGAUAAGGUUAUUGUAAAUGAGAGAAGCGGUUACUUGAUGAGGACAAAGGUGUCGUCAUCGAACGAAGGAGGAGUUGCAGCUGGAUUUGCAGUCCUGGACAGUUUAUACUUAACCUAAAAUAUGAAAGCAUCUCUCUGUUCUUGACAAGCUACAAAUUCACUUACUUGACCCCUCAAGAUUGCAUACUUCAAAGCUCUUCAGUGGAGCGUGGAAUAUAACAUUGUCGAAGUAGAUGCAUGUUUUGUUCUAUAUAUUUGGAGAGGAAUGUUCGUCUGAAGUGAAUUACUUGCAUUAGCUCACCAUUUGGAUAUAAUUUAUUUAUAUAUUACAAUCCAGUCAUCCAUCAUGGCCUUUAUGUUCCUCCAGGGGAUUCCUCAUUUUUUUUUUUUUUUAAUAAAUCCUAUGAAGUUUUACAUGUAAUCUAUGAGAAUAUAUUGAGUAACCUUGCAUCAGGAAUUUCCCACUUUUGUAUUUCACUAUAUAUUCGAGAAUAUAUUGAGUAACCUUGAUUCACUGCCGGGAGUCUUUUCCUUUCAUAUGAAAAAGAAACAGAACGAAAAGGGUAUUCACUAUCACUUCAUGCGGAAAAAUGAGAAAGUUUGAAUCUAUCCAUUGGUCUCUACGAAAUCCUUUACAAUGGAGCCUGCCCAGUAAAACACAAUUCUAUUCAAUCUUUCACCUACGAGUAACUCUGCGAACAAACAUCUUAGUUUUGAUCACUGCACUCUUUUCUUGCCACUGUCGCUCCAUCCGAACUCUCGAGCUCGUUGCUCCCACAAAGCUGUGACCUUCAGUUCUUCCCUUAGUUCAGCCUCGGCUCGCUCUCUAGCAUCUUCACAUGUCUCCACUUGUGCAAUGCAUUUCUCUGCUUCCCUCUUGUAAUGAGUGUAAACAAUUCCACUCUCUGUGAGUAGAGAUUUGCUUCUCUGCAGUGACUCAUUAGCUACUAGCUUCUGCAAUACAAUUUCUUCAGAUAGCAAAGCUAAUCUAUCCUUCUCCAUCUCUUCUUUGAUCUCCGGAUCGCUCGAACUGCAAUCUGCAGCAGACGAGGAUCAAGGCAGUUAGGAGAACAAAAACAACAUUGACUAAACCAAUCUCCAAGAGCCAAGAUGAAAAUGUUACAUUGCAUUUUGCAGGCAUAAGGGCAUCUAAUGGAAGUUCACUACUGAUUAUCCUUCCAACUCAGGUUUCCAUUCCUACCCUCCUUUCAAAGUCCAGUGCAUACAAAAACUAUUUCAAGGAAUCCAGCAGAAAAUGGGCUAAAGGAACAGAUGAUGUAUCGGAAUAUACUAACCUGCAUAUGAGCUGUUGAUAGAGCUGCCGGCAAGUCAAAAACCGCAGAAUCGUCCGCGCAAUCGCAGUCACAUUGACAGGAGGGAGAAGAAGAAACUUGAGAACUAGAAUUCCCUCGAUUACACAUUAAAAUAUACACAGCCAAGAACACAGUCGUCAAAAUCAAGCUCACUCUCACUGCCCCACUGCUCCGAGAACUUGCAUAGUGCUCCGAAGGAUGCGCCAUGGCCAAAGAGAACAAAUUUCCAGAACCCAAUUCUUUAUUCUGCAGAAGUAAGAACUACCCAGUUCAAGAUCCUGGCUAACGGCACGAAAUUUUGGGAGUAUCUAACUACGGAGAUACCACUGAGAGGGUACUCAUUUUCAAGAUCUGUCAAACAGCAACUGGAAUUUGACUGCAACCCAUAACCAUACGCUUUCAAACAAGAA